CUGAAAGCUAACUCAUUGAGUUUGGUAGAAAUAUGAAGAUGAAGAAAAAGAUAUAUUCCAUAACGAACAAUGAGUGUAGUGAAGAGAACGAAAAGAUAGAUGUGGAAAAAAAAGAAGAAAAACCAAAAGACAAACUUCCAGAAACCGUUUCUACCUUCGGACUAUUACGAUACAGUAAUUGUAGCGAUAUUGCACUAAUGAUGCUUGGUUUGGUAUGUGCAAUAAUUCAUGGAGCAGGACUUCCUGGUGUUUUGUUUAUUAUGGGAAAAGCUACAGAUGGUUUUGUCAACAGUGGUAGAUAUAAAUCUCUACUCAACGAUCUUGACUACAACAAGUAUAAUGUAACGAAAGAUGAAGCUUUGAACAAUAAAACAAUACUCCAUCAUAUAAUUGGCAGGGAAAAUCUAACUACUCAGUACAACACUUACAAAAAUGCACACGAAAAUUUAUUGGAUGAUAUGAGAAAAUAUUCUUCAUAUUACGCAAUAAUUGCUUUGGCUAUAUUUAUAAUCGGUACCAUUCAAAACUUCAGCUGGAAAGCCACUUCACAAAGGCAAAGUUUUAAAAUUCGAAAUCUUCUAUUCAAAUCAAUCCUAAAACAAAAUAUGGGAUGGUUUGAUACUCAAGAAAUCGGUGAAAUUAAUACAAGAUUAACGGAGGAUGUAAAUGUUAUACAAGACGGUUUAGGGAGCAGUUUGGCACUCUCUCUUCAACAAGCAACGACAUUGAUUCUUGGUUUCAUUAUAGCAUUUAUUAAAGGAUGGAAAUUAGCACUGGUAAUUUUAUCAUGUAUUCCAUUAAUGGUAAUCACUGGCAGUAUUUUGGGAGGAUAUCUGGGAAAGUUAACGAAAAGAGAGUUAGACGCCUAUGCUAAAUCAGGAUCAGUUGCAGAAGAGGUCCUAUCAGCCAUUCGAACUGUUAUGGCUUUCAAUGGCGGUAAAAAAGAAUGUAAACGUUAUAAUGAAAAUUUAUCAGAGGCAGAACAUCUUGAUGUAAAAAAAUCCAUUCUAUUUGGUGUAUUCAUGGGAGCUUUAUUUAUGAUUAUAUUUGGUGGUUACGCGCUAGCUUUUUGGUAUGGAUCAAAACUAGUACAUAACAAUGAAUAUACUGUUGGGGACAUGUUGACAGUUCUCUAUGCCAUAAUGUUCGGAGUCUUCUCUGUUGGACAAAUCGCUCCUGGAUUACAAAAUUUCAGUGGUGCCAAGGGCGCGGCUUAUGUUAUCUAUAAGAUUAUUGAUACCAUUCCUCCUAUUGAUAGUUCGUCAACCGCAGGUGAAAGACCAGCUCGCAUUGUUGGAAGAGUUACGUUUGAAAAUAUAUGGUUUAAAUAUCCUUCUCGUCCCGAUGUUCCCAUUCUGAAUGGUCUGAAUCUAGAUAUAACUCCAGGCGAAACGGUUGCUCUCGUUGGUUCAUCCGGAUGUGGAAAGUCUACAACUAUACAACUUUUACAACGAUUUUAUGAUCCAUUACAGGGAAAAGUAACCAUUGAUGGAAAAGAUAUACGAGAACUGAAUGUUGAAUGGCUAAGGCAAAGCAUUGGUGUUGUUUCACAAGAACCUGUUCUCUUCGCAACAACAAUUGAAGAGAAUAUUCGAUAUGGAAGAGAAGGAGUUUCUUUAGAUGAAAUUCAUGAGGCUGCGAAAUCUGCUAACGCUUACAACUUCAUCAUGCAACUACCUGAUCAAUUCAACACUUUGGUAGGAGAAAGAGGAGCCCAGCUGAGUGGAGGACAAAAACAAAGAAUCGCUAUUGCUAGAGCUUUGGUUCGAAAUCCAAAAAUAUUACUUUUGGAUGAGGCGACAUCAGCAUUGGAUACAGAAAGCGAAGGUAUAGUUCAAGAAGCACUGGAUGAGGCGAGAAGAGGACGAACAACAAUCGUUGUUGCUCAUCGACUGAGUACUGUUCGAACUGCAGAUAAAAUUGUUGGAUUUAAAGAAGGAAAGAAGAUUGAAGAAGGAGCCCAUGACGAUUUAAUGAAGAUUCAAGGAGGAGUUUACCAUCAUCUAGUAACAUCUCAAAGUGCAAAAGAAGUUGAUGAUGAUGAUGAUGAUGAUGAUGAUGACAAUGAUGAACUGGCUUCAUCGGUUUCCAAAGUAGAGUUCGAAAAUGAAAAAAACAAAUUGGGAAAAACUUUAUCGCAAUUUUCUAAUAACGUUAAUGUAAAGGAAAGUUUCAAAACGAAGAAAGAAUCUGAGAAAGUAGCUGAAGGGCCUUUCAGCAGAGUUAUGAAAUUAAAUGGUAAAGAAUGGAAAUGGAUUGUUGCGGGAACGUUUGCGGCUGUAAUUAAUGGAGGGAUACAACCUGCUUUCUCUUUCAUUCUUGGAGAAAUUCUAGGAGUGUUUGCUUUAUCAGAUAUAGACGAACAGAGACGAAAAAUUAAUUUUUAUUCUUUAGGUUUAGUGGGAAUUGGAAUCGUUAUGGGUAUUUUAAAUACUAUACAAAACUUCUCUUUUGGAAAAUCAGGAUCAGCACUAACGAAACGUAUUCGAAAAAUGGCUUUUGAAAAAUUAAUGAGAAAAGAGAUUGCUUACUUUGAUAACCCAAAUCAUGCUGUUGGGGCUUUAACAACACAACUUGGCACUGAUGCUUCAGCAGUUCGAGGAGUCACUGGAUCCAGAAUAGGUUCUUUGAUACAGGCUUUCUCAACUAUGAUUGUAGGCAUCGUUAUAGCGUUUGUUUAUUCUUGGAAACUGACUUUGGCACUUUUUAUAUUUGUACCCAUAAGUAUUGUGGGUGGAGCGAUUCAAGUCAAAUUAAGUAACAGACAACAAAUAAAAGAUCAAUCAAUGCAUGAUGAAAGUGGAGAACUGGCUGUGGAAACUAUAACUAAUAUGCGAACAGUAGCUCAACUUUCGAAAGAAAGAGACUUUUAUAAAAGAUAUCAUGACUUUCUUAAAAUUUCUUAUAAGCAGAGCUUUCCCAAAGAUUUGUUUGCUUCCACAGUCAUAGCUUUUACCAGCUCUUCUAUGUUCUUUGCAUAUGCCGUCUGUUUUGUAUUAGGGGGAUAUUUAAUCGAUAAAGAUGAAUUGAAUUAUGGUGACAUGUUUAUAGUAUUUGGAGCUGUUGUUUUCUCGUCUUUGGGAGCCGGUCAGGCAAAUUCAAUGGCACCUGAUUAUGGUAAAGGUAAAGCGGCGGCAAAUAGAUUGUUUAAAUUGUUUGAUAGUGAACUGGAAAUUGACUCCUUCUCCGAAGAAGGGGAAGUUCUUCCUCAAGUUUCGGGAGAUGUAUCUUUCUCUGAUGUCACAUUCAGAUAUCCCAGCAGACCUGACGUUCCCGUUUUAAGAGGUCUCACACUCAAAGCGAACAAAGGUGAAACUCUUGCCUUGGUCGGUACAAGCGGCUGCGGAAAAAGCACAGCCAUUUCUCUUCUAGAACGAUUCUAUAAUCCGUUGAGCGGACUUAUCACUUUGGACGAACAUUCUAUCGAUAAAAUGAAUGUUCAAUGGCUAAGAUCUCAAAUUGGAAUUGUACAACAAGAACCCAUCUUGUUUGAUCGUUCAAUUGCUGACAAUAUCGCUUAUGGAGACAAUUCAAGACAAGUUUCUAUGGACGAAAUUAUAAAAGCGGCUAAAGAUGCGAAUAUUCAUGAUUUCAUAUCAAAUUUACCGGAUGGUUAUGAAACUCGCGUGGGAGAUAAAGGAACACAAUUAAGCGGUGGACAGAAACAAAGAGUUGCUAUAGCUAGAGCAAUGGUGAAAAAUCCUAAGAUAUUACUGUUGGACGAAGCGACAUCGGCUCUCGAUACAGAAAGUGAGAGAGUUGUUCAAGAAGCCUUGGACAAAGCGCAGAUUGGACGAACUUCCAUAGUUAUUGCACAUAGGUUAUCAACAAUUCAUAAUGCCGAUCAGAUAGCUGUUAUUCAUCUUGGAAAAGUCGUUGAACUUGGUACUCAUUCUGAAUUGAUGAAUAAACAGGGGAAAUACUAUAAGCUUUACACUCAUCAAUCGGCUCAGAAGUGA